AUGCAUGUCGCACACGGAGAACGAAGUGCGAUUCGCAAAGGCCGUCAUGCCACUAUUGCCAAACUCGCGGCGUUCGCUGCAUCUACCAAGUGCCGCCAGUGGAGCCCCCCGAUCGACAGCACUAACAUUGGGGACAGUGUCGAGGAAGAACUGAGUGCCAUGAAUAAACGUCUUGAUUUACUUGUCAGCUUGAUGCUUCCCACACAGCCCAUUUCCCCGAGCGUUCAUGUUGGGGGGUCCCGGUCGGAAUAUGAGGUGUUGGCAAGCCAAGAAGAUUCGCCAUUCGAUUUGCCUUCCAAGCUGCUUAGUAAUUCAUCCCUCAUGCAUGUGCUAGGAUUAGACGCAGAUUUCGCGCAGGUCCUGCUACGAGAGGAACGGACUACCGCGUUCGAGGCCAAUGCGAACGCAGGUACACGGAUGCUUAUUGUUCGUCAUCGGCAUAUAGUGAGCGCCUUGGCUGGAUUCUCCGCACACGUCCACAUCUGGUAUCCCAUCCUCCCCUCGGGAUUUUCACAAGAGUACUUUCGGGUACUCUCUGGAUCCUUGCCUCGCUCUUCGGAAACUUGCCUCUCACUUCUCGUGGUCGCGGUCGGUCUUGUUGUCGAGGGAGACGAAGCAGUCCCAGAUAUCCCGUAUUUUCAAACCGCCAUCGCCUUGCUGCCGAUCAUCAUCUCCGAGUGCAGUGUUCGCAGUGUUCAAUGCUUAGUGUUGAUCAGUUUGUAUUAUUGCUGUCUGUUAAAGCCUUGCCAGGCACACGACUAUUGCUUGAUUGCGUCUUCCAAGAUCCAGAACAUCGUCAAAAGUGGACUGGAAGGUGAUGACCCAGAUACUAUUGACCAAACUCGGCGUGCAUAUUGGGGUGCACUACUACUCGAGAAUGAAAUUGCUGGCCAAUUGGAUGUCCCCAAGAGUGGCAUUUGGUGUCUGGAUGAACAUGUCCCACUGCCACUAUGCCAGCAGACAUGGCAUUUUCAGCCAGAGAUCACGUCGCCAGCUGCUACUGCGCCUGCUUCCCCGGAUAAUGCACUGUCCACUCUCUCAGACGAGGAAAAAACGCGAUCCUAUUUCCUGGCUGAGAUUGCCAUGAGGCGUAUGCUACAUCGAUGCAACACAGCUGUUCAGGCGACAUCCACGGGAGAGUACGUUUAUGCCCCGAGUAUCGCACUGGAGCUGGAACACCAGCUGGAAGAGUGGUAUCAUUGCCUACCCGAAAUGGUCCGUUUUGAAAAGGGUGAUGUGUCUCAGUUCUUGGAAUUGGUCAAAAUACCGCCCUGUCCUCUAUCGAACUUUCUGCGGGUCCAGUACUACUGCUGCAAGCUUUCCAUAUACUGGCCGGCCGUUUAUCAGGCGAUGCAGGAUGGAGCCGUUUCCGGCCACCUCUUGAAUCACUGCCGGAGAUUCUUCGAUUCUUACGUGAUGUUGACACCGAGUAUUGUUGCGGCGUUCGAUAACUGUCAUGUGAACAGGUGGACAUUAUUCGUCAGUAUUUUCUUUACUUCUGUGGCCGCCAUGACCGCAGGAAAUACCCCUUGUUUGAGUGAGCUCUGUUCACCCCAGUUCCGUCAAUGUAUCCAAGCACCAGGUCGCGUCGACAAGACGAUAUUGCAGCAGAGCCCGUCUUUGAUGAUGAUACAAGAAGUACUGGAAGAGCGUCUUUCAGAGGCUAGUUUAUAA